AUGGCUGAUCUUGACAGCGAUAUCGAAAUUCCUGGCUUUUUCAUAUGUCCAAUUUCCCUUGAUAUCAUGAAAGACCCUGUAACGCUCUCCACCGGAAUCACAUAUGAUCGUGAUAGCAUCGAGAAAUGGUUGUUCUCUCAGAAGAAUGACGUUUGUCCGGUAACCAAACAAGUCGUCGUUGAUAUUGAGCUCACCCCGAAUCACACCCUUCGUCGGUUGAUCCAAUCUUGGUGCACCAUUAACGCGUCUUCCGGCAUCGAGAGGUUUCCGACGCCACGCCUUCCAAUCUCCAGAACCGAAAUCGUAAAGCUCCUCAAGGAUUCAAAGUCUCCACGGUUACAAAUGAAGAGCUUGAAAAGGUUAAAAACAAUUGUUAUGGAGAACGAAAAGAACAGGCGGUUGAUGGAAUCAGCAGGAGCAGCUGAUUACCUUGCGUCGAUCUUAGUCAACGUGGAUAAUAACACCAUGUCAUCGCCACAGGGCGGAGAAGUUAGCGAUGACGAUGAGUUUGUUUCAACCGAAGCCGACGAAGCUCUAAGCAUUCUUUACCACCUUCAACUGUCUCCAACGGGACUUAAAUCAUUGUACGGGAAGACUGGAGAUUUUGUUGAGACGUUGAUGCGCGUGAUGGAACGCGCCGCUAGUUUGAAGUCACGUGCUUACGCCGUCAUGUUAUUAAAAGCGUUGUUAGAUGUGGCGGAGCCCAUGCAAGUGACGUCAUUAAACCCUCGGUUCUUCAUGGUGCUGGUACAAAUCUUGGUGGAUGAAAUCUCCCGCAAAGCCACGAAGGCGACACUGAAGCUACUCAUCAGCGUCUGUCCAUGGGGGCGGAACAGGAUAAAAACGGCGGAGGCAGAGGCGGUUCCGGUGCUGAUAGACAUCCUCCUGGAUUGCACAGAAAAGAGAGUCUCGGAGAUGGUUAUUGUGGUUCUAGACCAACUUUGUCAGUGCGCAGAAGGACGAUCGGAGCUGUUGAAACAUGCAGGUGGAUUAGCGGUGGUUUCCAAGAAGAUCUUCCGUGUGUCGUCGGUGGCCAGUGAGAGGGCGGUGAGUAUCUUGCAUUCGGUGGCGAAAUUCUCCGGCAACAGAAGUGUUUUACGAGAGAUGUUGCAGUUGGGGGUGGUCGGAAAGUUGUGUUUGGUGCUGCAAGUAGAUUGUGGAAGGAAGACGAAGGAGAGUGCCAGUGAGAUUCUAAAGAUGCAUUCUAGGGUUUGGAAGAAUUCUUUUUGCAUACCCUACAAUUUAAGUGUUUCAUAUCCAUCUUAA